AUGGAACCGAAUGAGAUUUACGACCUUGUCCAGGCUCGCUAUGGCGAGCUAGCUGGGAGAUCUUACUCUGGAGAACAUACUGCAGCAGAGAGGAGCGUUGCUGAAUCAUUUGGAUACGAGGCGUCGGAGCUAAGCUCCAUUCCGGAAGCUGCAAAUCUGGGAGUGAGCUGUGGGAAUCCACUAGCCCUCGCCAACCUACGUGAGGGAGAGACAGUUGUCGACUUGGGCAGUGGCGGAGGCAUUGAUGUCCUUUUAGCAGCCCGAAAGGUCGGCCCGAAAGGAAAGGCGAUUGGUGUGGACAUGACGAAGAGUAUGCUUGACUUGGCACAGAAGAAUGCAGAGAAAGCAGGCGCCCCCAAUGCAUCAUUCAUUGAAGCCUCCAUCACUUCUAUCCCUCUACCAAGUUCCACAGUUAACUGCAUCGUCAGCAACUGCGUGGUGAACCUGGUCCCUACUGCUGACAAACAGCAAGCCUUCCACGAGAUGUUUCGCUUGUUAGUACCCGGUGGUCGUGUCGCUAUAAGUGAUAUUCUCGCUCGAAAAACGCUCCCUGAGGAAAUCGCAAAAGACCUGUCCUUGUAUGUUGGAUGCAUUGCCGGUGCUAGCCAGGUUCAAGAGUAUGAGGAAUACCUGCGUAAAGCUGGAUUUAAAGAUACAAUGAUCGUCGACACUCAGAAGGACCUGAAUGUCUAUAAAUACAUGAUUCAGGAUCAGAAGAUUACGACAUGCUGCGAGGUAUCGAAGCCAGCGGGCCUGACCACAGAAAGCCUGCUGGAACGUGACUUCAAUGAAUGGGCCGGUUCGUUUCAGAUUUAUGCAAUCAGACCCUAG